AUGGAAGGUGAAAAAAUUAAGUCCAGCAAUCUUCUGUCUUUUGGGCCAAGCAAAAUAGAUGAAGAAGAUUAUGAAGAUGUCCCUAUUAAUAAAACAUGGGUUUUAGCUCCCAAAGUACAUGAAAGUGAAGUCACCUUAAUUCUGAAUAAAUUACUUCAAGGAUAUGACAACAAACUCAGACCAGAUAUAGGAGUAAGGCCAACAAUAAUUGAAACUGGAGUUUAUGUGAACAGUAUUGGACCAGUGGAUCCUAUUAACAUGGAAUAUACAAUCGACAUAUUCUUUGCCCAGACUUGGUAUGAUAGCAGAUUGAAAUUCAACAGUACAAUGAAGGUUCUUAUGCUAAAUAGCAACAUGGUUGGAAAGAUAUGGAUUCCAGACACUUUUUUUAGGAAUUCAAGAAAGUCAGAUGCUCAUUGGAUCACAACACCUAAUCGUCUACUUAGGCUCUGGAAUGAUGGAAGAGUUCUGUACACAUUAAGGUUGACAAUUAAUGCUGAGUGCUACCUUAAGCUACAUAACUUUCCAAUGGAUGUACAUUCCUGUCCACUGGAAUUUUCAAGCUAUGGAUACCCAAAAAAUGAAAUAAUGUAUAGAUGGAAAAGAAAUUCUGUUGAAGUUGCAGAUCAGAGAUACUGGAGAUUGUACCAAUUUGCUUUUGUUGGUUUGAGGAAUACUUCAGAAGAAGCGCAUACCCAGUCUGGGGACUAUAUAAUUAUGACUAUAUUUUUUGAUCUGAGCAGAAGGAUGGGAUAUUUUACUAUACAGACUUAUAUUCCAUGCAUCUUGAUAGUUGUGCUUUCAUGGGUGUCAUUCUGGAUUAACAAAGAUGCUGUACCAGCCCGAACAUCUUUAGGCAUCACUACUGUACUGACAAUGACAACACUGAGUACCAUUUCUAGAAAAUCUUUACCAAAGGUGUCCUAUGUGACAGCGAUGGACCUUUUUGUGUCAGUAUGCUUUAUCUUCACUUUUGCUGCAUUAAUGGAGUAUGGAACUUUGCACUACUUUACCAGCAACAGAAAAGCAAAGAAAGAGAAGGCAAAGAAGGAACCAACAUCUACAGUUAUAAACAUUCGACCAGGAACGUCUCUGAUUCAGAUGAACAACAUUUCACACUUGCAAGAACAAGAUGAUUAUGCAUAUGAAUGUCUAGAUGGAAAGGACUGUGCCAGUUUUUUCUGUUGCUUUGAGGACUGCCGAACAGGUGCUUGGAGAGAAGGCAGAAUGCAUAUCCGGGUUUCCAAAAUUGAUUCAUACUCCAGGAUCUUCUUUCCCACAGCAUUUGGUUUAUUUAAUCUUGUUUACUGGGUUGGAUAUUUGUAUUUAUAAAGCUGUGAGAACUUGAAAAAAUAUCAAACCAGAAGUUAGA